AAAAUUAGAAGCCCUCCUUUUUUUUCCACUCUAAACGGAGUUAGUCGUUCAUACACGUAACACUACUCCCUCUCUCUAAAACCUUUCCUAUUCGUCUCCUCUGACCUCAUCCGUUGAUGCAGGUAGCCGUAUGCAUCAGUUCUUCUGUGCGGAUAUUUAAGGAAGAAUGAAAAAAUCACUCCGAAGCUUAGGAGGUUAAUAAAGAUAUAUCAACUUGAAAUGGGAGGCUGCUGUUGCUGCUGUGCUCCUAAACGAAGGGAACCAAAUAGCUCUUCACAAUUUUACCACUACCCUAGAGUGUCUGAGGAACAACAGCCUUUGUCUCAACAUGGCACAGCCUUGGUACUCACCACAGGACGGCCCAGAACACCACCUGGCAAUCAAGAUGGUAGCAAAGGUGAUGCAACAAUGGCUCAGAUAAAGAACAUAGAACCCGCCGAAGAAGCGAACUCUGGGAAUUGUGGAGGGUUAGAACCUGAUACCAAAACGUUAGGCAAAGCUGAUUUUACCCUCCGAAGGGAAGUGGUGGUUGAUGAGCUUGAGAAAUCAGGAGAACUAAACAAGUCAUUAAAGGAACCUACAGUUCAGGAAGAAGAGGAUCUCUGUCCAACUUGUCUUGAAGAAUAUGAUGUGGAGAAUCCAAAGAUUAUAACAAAAUGUGAGCAUCACUUUCACCUUUCGUGUAUUCUUGAAUGGAUGGAAAGGAGUGACACAUGCCCCGUCUGUGAUCAGGAAAUGGUUUUCAGUGCCUAAAUGAUGUCUGAUCAAUUUCAAACGUCAUCCAUUGGCAUGGUGGUACUGAUAAUUUGAUUAGAAGGGCAGGAAUUAUGGUAGCCGUUAUAAGCCUGAAUUGAAUUUUUGGUGACAACGGGCAGUUUUCGGCAUGGCCAUUUGGUUUAUUGUUUUUUCUUCAGUUUUUUAAACGAAUGGCAAAAUCAUGUAAAAAACUGAAAAGGAGAAAUUUCCAGUACAUGGUUAUGAAUGUAAAUAACUACACAGGCCACUCUACUGUUUCGUGUAUUUAAUCGUGAGUUUAUUUAUGUACGUGUGGCCUAUAGAUGGGUUCGUGAUCUAUUGAUUUAUUC